GUGGGCGUAGUACUUAAGCUAGCGCCGCGUCAGGUUCACGAGGCUAAAGGCCUUCGGCGGCGGCAGCUUCUCGUAGUUCUCGCGCGUGAUCUUCUGCUUGAGCCGCGCGUAGGCGAUCGGCGACAGGGGCUGCGUCAGCGUGAGCGUGCCGAACUGCUGGCGCGCCGUCUCGUCGUAUUGCGGCCGGUCCGAGAGGUGGCGGAAGUCCGAGGUCUCGAUGGACCGCUCCCGCUGCGCGCGCCGCUGGUCCAGCGUCUGGGCCAGCAGCUUGCGCGUCCGCCACACCGUGUCGGGGUUCGGCCGCUUGCGCGCCGCCGACAGCGGGUUCACGAAGCCCUCGGGCGGCGGCGGCGCGAAGCCCCACUUCAGGGCUUCCGCGGCGCGCUGGGCCUCGCGCUGCUUCGCCCGUUUUUCGAAGUUGUACGUGAACGGCUCCUCGCUCCGGCCCCAGGCGCGGCGCGACGCCGCCUCCGUCGGCGUCACGGGCCGCGAGUUGCCCGCCCACACGGGCUUGCGCCACUGGCGGCCGAAGUCGCUCGUGAUCGAAUUCUGGCGGGGCUGCCAGAGCGGCGUCCUGGUGGUGUGGCCGCGGCCGCCGCGGCCGCCGCCCACGGGCCGGUUCGCCGCCGGGGCGCUCGCGGCGCGCAUCGUCGGCGGCGACGUGGCGCGCAAUAAAGGCAGCCCCCUUUAUGCAGGACGCUACGACACGGACGCUCCGUUCGCCCGGGCCUACGACGACAACGACGGCGCGUCCGCUGCGUCGGCGCUCGUGCGCGGUGAUGACGUCUACUGGUACAACUGGGACGCUGCGUUAGACUCAAGAGAGACUCAGAGAGCAGAGGCGCUGUACAGGUAA